CGGUCGCUGGCGCAGAGCAGCUCAGGGGGACCGGACGGACGGGGCGGGCGCCCGGCAGGCAGCGCAGUACCUUUCACCGCGCGCAGCCCGCUAGGGACCUUCUACGCGAGUCUGGGGUCGUGGCCGCGAGGCCCCAUGCCUGUCACCAUGGACCAGUCAGGAAGUAGGAGACCAUUGUCCCCUUGAGACUGCACUGCUGACUGCCCAGUGAUCAUCCACGAAGAUGAGCGCCUGUGGGAGGAAGGCCCUGACCCUGCUGAGCAGUGUCUUUGCUGUCUGUGGCCUGGGCCUGCUGGGCAUCGCAGUCAGCACGGACUACUGGCUGUACCUGGAGGAAGGCAUCAUCCUUCCCCAGAACCAGAGCACAGAGGUCAAGAUGUCCCUGCACUCAGGCCUCUGGCGGGUCUGCUUCCUUGCUGGUGAGGAGCGAGGACGCUGUUUCACCAUAGAGUAUGUGAUGCCCAUGAACAACCAGAUAACAUCAGAAUCCACAGUCAAUGUCCUAAAAAUGAUUCGCUCUGCCACCCCGUUCCCACUCGUCAGCCUCUUCUUCAUGUUCAUCGGGUUCAUCCUGAGCAACGUCGGGCACAUCCGUCCCCACCGGACCAUACUGGCCUUUGUCUCUGGCAUCUUCUUUAUCCUCUCAGGCCUCUCUCUUGUCGUGGGCCUGGUGCUGUACAUCUCCAGCAUCAAUGAUGAGAUGCUCAACAGAACCAAGGAUUCAGAGACCUAUUUCAACUACAAAUACGGAUGGUCGUUUGCCUUUGCUGCCAUAUCCUUCCUUUUAACAGAGAGUGCUGGAGUAAUGUCUGUGUACCUGUUCAUGAAGAGGUAUACUGCUGAGGACAUGUACAGACCUCACCCAGGCUUCUACCGGCCACGCCUGAGCAACUGUUCGGAUUACUCUGGCCAGUUUCUACAUCCAGAUGCCUGGAUCCGGGGCCGCAGCCCCUCAGACAUCUCCAGCGAUGCCUCCCUACAGAUGAACAGCAACUACCCAGCUUUGCUCAAGUGCCCAGACUAUGACCAGAUGUCGUCGUCCCCCUGCUGAGCCCUGGUCUCCUUCCCGCCUGAACUUUGGAUAGCUGGACAGCCUUUCCCUCUCCCCCUGAGCCGAGGCCCAAGCCAUUCCCCGCUUAGCCAUUGCUACUUAACCACAUCCUCUCCCUGCUCCCAGAGUAGCGCUUCCCGCAGUGGGCAUCAGAGCCUGGAGUCAUAGGCAUGCUGAUUGGCUGAGGGCGUGGAUGAAGUCCCUUCUCUAGAGUGCCAAUCAUAGCCAUGGCCCCCCUGGGAAGCCAGAAGCACCCCUUGCCGUGCUGUGUCUGAAGAUGCCUAUGUUCUAGUCGUAUUUUAUCCCUGCACUUCCGGGUCAGCCAAGGCCAGGUUGGAGUUGCCGAGUUUCUGAUACAGACAAAGCCAGAAUUGAACACUUGCCAACCAGCCGGGCUCUCCAUCCAUGAUCUAUGCUGUGAGGCCAAAAGGUGACUCUGCUCCAGCGGUCUGGCUGGCUCAGAAACCCCGAGCAAACAGUUCCUUAUGAGAUGCUCUAUCCUUCUAUGUCAUUGGCCUCUCUCCACAAAACACUCUGUGUGACACUGCCCCCAAGGCCCUGGACUUUCUGCCGUUCAUCCUUCCAGAAUGCAGCUGCCCUGGUCAGGGACUAUAAGGUAAGUGUCCAGUGGUGCCAGUGAAGUCACAAAGGUGUUAAUGGCUGAAGAUGUCUUAAUACACACAGCCCCUUGAUAAGGCAUUUCACAGGGGCUCUUGAUGCCUUAACCCAAAAAAAGUGACUGAUGAGGAGAACUCAAGAGUUUGAUGGUUCUGCGUUCAGAGCUCCAAGCACUGUGUCCAAACCUGGGGGCACUGUCCCUGACUUCAAGGACCAUGUUUCCAUCCAAGGCUCUAAGGACUAAUCACGCAGACAGGUAUCUGUAUUACCAAAGGACACGGUAGCUGCAAGCCAGGUUUGACGACACAGUGCAUUUUGAGCCCAAACAAGCCAGGUUCCAGAUGAUCCAGCUGCCUUGCCAAGGAUGCCUGUGAACAUUUGGGGGCUGCCAAUUUAGUCCUAAUAUGAAGCAUCUGCUUCCCAGUUAUGUGACAUAUGUGGGCAAAUCACAUGCCUCCAGAAAGCCAGACAAUGUGACAACCACUUUCCUGAUGGGGAAGCUUGGGGGGUUACAAACCACUUCCGAGAAGUCCAUAACCCCCCCCCCAUGGCUCUCCAGGUGUCGGCUCAGCUCGACCAUUGCUCAUUCUGAGAAUUUGCAGAGGCAAGCCAGUGAGGCACUCUCUUUGCUGUGUAUUUUUGCUGUGCCUCCCUUUCUUUAAGACGCCAAGUGUCUCUGGACACACAGAGCCACAGUGGGUAACCCCCAGGCUCUGGCUCGUGGCACAGGAAAACACACAGCUGGUGUCCACAGAAGGGCACUGACUCAGUCAGCGUGGAGGAGGCCAUAAGUUCAAGAUCAGGUUGUCAGAGGACUGAUCGGUGGGGCAUUUUCUCCCGGCUUAGAGAUGGCCACCUUCUUGCUCUGUGCCCAUGUGCCUCUAAGACUUUUUUUUCCGGGGUGGGGGAUAUCCAAAUUACCUCUUAAAAGGACACCAGGGGCUGGGAUGUUAACUCAGUUGGUAGAAUGCUUGUCUAGCAUGCACGAGGCCCUGGAUUCAACCCCUAACACUACAUACUCCAGGUGUGGCGGCACACAUCUGUAGCCCUGACACUUGGGAUGUAGAGGCGGAAGGUCACUCUCACCCUCAAAGCUAGUUUGAGACCAGUGUGGGCUACAUGAGACUCUGACUCAAAAAAAAAAGAAACAUAAAGAUAUAAUCUAUGGGUUAGAACUCAUUCCAAUAAAUUUGAUGUUCACUAUUAAUAUAAUCAUUUAAGUGCCCGUGUACAAAUUUAUUCACGUACUGAGGUACUGGAGCCUGGGGUCGCAGAGUACAAAUUUGGGAGAGGGUCCAGCUCAGCCCCUCAUGCACAGGUUGCUUUGUAACAGAUCACUCCACUGGAUCCACAGCACAGGAGGAGGGAAAGACCAGAGAAGCCCAUCUCAGUCUCUCCGUUCAGACACUGACUCACUGAGAAUCCUUGGGCAUCCCCUUCUAUUCUGAGUAGCUCAGCUGAAGUUGUUUCCAAGCCCAUUCUCCACACCCACACCUCUAAUGAUUUGGUCCACAUUGUUCUCGUAUGCCAAAUUCCGUAUCUGCCUGUGAACUGAGAGCAGCUGCCAGGCCCAGCUUCCCACUCCCAUCAGCGCCUCGCAGGGAUCAUGUGCUUCCGUUGCUGUCUGCAAGAGUCUGUUUGAAACUAAGUGGGAUUUUCAAGCUGGACCAAUGUUUAGACAUGCUUGACUCCAAUUUUUGUCAACGUUAUUAACACCUAAGAUGCACUUUUCUCACUCUAAAACACUUUCUCUGUCACUGUGUCAGGCUUGUUUUUUGUACACAUGGGGAAAAAAUAGAAUUUACUCCUAACUGGAAGCUGAUUGUUGACCAUGGUAUUGUUAGAGGCUGAGAUGUCGAGUCGGGGGGGGGGCAGGAGGAUCCCACCCUAGAACUGGCCAUGUGUUCUUCCCUAACAAUCGGUCUGGGUCCCUCUCUUCACCCAUGAGGGUAUGGAUGAAAUGUAUCGACACAUUACCACUAUCGUAAUUUCUUUUCCAUCUGUAAACUGAGCUCAGAAGCUAUUCAUAGUCUUAUCCAAAAGGUUUUUACUCACACAUGUAAGUAUAUAAACCCAGCUCUUGCCAAAUCUUGGUUGUGCUUUCUGGAGUUGACUUUAUCCUUGGGUCGGCAGCAAGAUGAUCACAUAUGGGGGAUGCAAUUACAGCAGCAGAGAUGCAGGAGGUACCCCUUCUUUUGUUGUCCCUUGUGACUAAAACAACCUUCCCAGAACAAGCCCUGCAGACUCACCUCAUAUCUCCCUGGCCAUUUCAGGGUCACAUACUCAUGCCUGGACCAGGGAAAUAGGAUGAUUGUCUAUUAGUAUAGAAAGAAUUAUCUCCCCGGAAACUUAAGAUGACAGCAGUCAUGUCAUGACUAUCUGAAGGGGUUGGCCAGGCCUCAGCAAGGUGCUUCUGGAAAGAGUCUCAUGGAAAGGUGAAUUUGAGCAGUGGCUAUUAUUUUAAAGACAUCUUUGUCUGGCCAUUGGGGUCUACUGGCAGGCAGGAGUUACAGUUGUUAGCUGGAACCCCUGUGUAGAGAUGGGAUUCCUCACAGCCCAACAGCUGGGAGCCAAGAAAGAGCAUCCAAGGAGCCUUAUUGCAUGUUUUGAAGAAACCUUGGAAGUGACCCAAAGUCAUUUUAAUUGUGAUCAUCAAACCACUCAUAUUGAAGUGUAGGAACAUAGAUCCUGCUACUUAAGAGUUGAGAAGCCGGGCCGGGCAUUGGUGGCUCAUGCCUUUAAUCCCAGCACUCAGAAGUCAGAGGCAGGCGGAGCUCUGUGAGCUUGAGACCAGCCUGGUCUAGUUCUAGGACAGCUUCCAAAGCUACAGAGAAACCCUCUCUUGAAAAGCCAAAAAAGAAAAAAAAAAAAAAAAGAGUUGAGAAGCCACGCUUCCAUUGUAGAAAGAGAGUUGGCAUCCACUGUGGUGACUGCCUUGGAAACACAAGACAUCACUUCACUAUUGGCUUUUCCCAUGCUUCCCCAGCCCCGAGAUCCAGAUGGUUUUCUGGGGGUGAGGGCGGUGUCUCUGACAAACUUCUAGAUUGAAUCAAGGUCAUUGCAUACUCUAGGCUCCAAGGAUGGGGUUCUAGACCCCCUGAAAAAUUUUAAGUUCCUUGGAGAACUCUGGUCUCAAGAUUAAGAACUUGGGCCUAGAUAUGAUGGAAUUUACCAUGAGAGAUGAGGAAAAAGCCACCUUGUCACUAGUCCUCUUGGGGACUACUGGCUUCUCACAAAAUGCAAGAAAGAGAGAAUAAAAGAGUGCAUGUUAGGCCACCAAGGUCCCAGUAUCAUCCUUGCUUCCUCCCAACCUUUAGUGGCCUCACUUUCUCAGACUGUGCCUCUGGGCAAGGUGACAAGUUCAUGGCCUUAAGCCCAGUACUUCGGCUCCAGAGCCAUCCCUCAAACUGGUGUUCAUUAGGAUGCAACAACAGCUUGCCCUUGAGGACCAGGAUGGCAAGUGCUAAGCGUUCCAGAGCCAAGCUGCUCUUCUUCCUGUGGCCAGAGCCAAGAAUGGACACCCGGUCCUGAGGAAGGCCAACAGAUCUUCAAAGGUGACCUUGUAGUCUCAAAACUUCUAUAGAAUUUCAGCCAAUCUUCAUUGCUGGCUCUUGAAUAAUUCAUUUUGCACUCAUCCAUCAUUAAUUAACCAGGCUUGAGGGGCCAUAAAGGGACCAUGUAUCACCACGUUCAGAGCGAAUACCACUUCAGUCAGAAUUUAUUUUAAAUCCACCCACAUUCAUAUAUCUCCUGCCCCAUUUCAGAUUCGGUGCAACCUGUGUGAGGACACUCUAUGAUCUAUUGUUUUCAAAACUCAAACACGAGGGCUGGAGAGAUGGUUCCUUGGUUAAGAGCAAUUGCUGCUCUUACAGAGGACCUGGAUUUGGUACCAACUACCCACAUGGUAGUUCACACUGACCUAUAACUCAAGUUCCAGGGGAUACAAUGCCCUCUACUGGUCGCCAUGGGCACUGCACACAUAUGGUGUACUUUUACAUACAGACAAAACACUCGCUCAUACAUAUAAAAUAUAAAUAAAUCUUUAUUUAAAAAUCCCAAACACAGCAAAAAUUGUACAGUCUCCUCAGAUAAGUUGUCUGUAUUUAGAAGAUAGUAAAGACGAAGUUAAGUCUGCCCCAUGAGAGAUUCCAAGUGAGUGUCAUCUAAGAAAUCCACAGCAAGUCUUGAUGCCCUGAAUGUCAAGGUCAGCUGUCAGGCUUGGCAUUCACCCAAUAAAAAAUCCACUUUCGUGAACUCAAGUACAAGCUCUUGUGAAUGUCAGUUAAGAUACCGUGACUUCAGCUUCCACUCCCACAGGAGGCAUCAUUAGACAUCAUCAUAAGCACAUGUUUGCAGCCUUCACUGAAGUGUAUCAUUCAGAGCAGGUCUUUGUGGCCACAAUUAGCCUUUUCCAUCCUACGAAUGGAAGGAUCGUGAGGCCUAAAGAAGUUUCUGAACAGAUUUAGGAACUUGGUGGCUGAGGAGUCAGCUCGAUCAAGUGCUUGUCAAUCAAACACAAGGAUGGAAGUCUGAUUCCCAGAACCCUUAUAGAAGCACAUAUCUGUAAUCCCAAUACUGGGAGGCAGAGAGAAGGAUCAUUGGGGUUGGCUGGCCAGUCAAACAUUCUAGCUGGUGAGCCCAGUCUCAGUCAGAAAUCCUGUCUCAAGAAAAGUACAGCAGAGUCUGGUUAAAUAAGACACUGGACAUUGAGACCUCUGAUACACACACACACACACACACACACACACACACACAGGGUGGGGUUUAGAGACUUAGUCAGAGUUGGUAAUGAUUGCUAUGCUCUGCAAGUUUAUUUCACUCCCAGGAAUUUGGCAUCUGCAAUUCUAAAUAUUCAGCUUGGCAAAUGUUCCCUUCCAAUAAUCAGAGAGGGAGGGAAAGGCCUCCCUGAGUGGGAAACAAUGAUGACACAUCAUUCCCUAAGAGCCUCCAAACCUCUCGUCUGCCGUCUCUACUCACGACGUCAACCCUCAAUUUGGGCUCUUCCGGACUGAAGCCCGUCAGGGGCCGAGGCCUUCCCACUCUGGCUCACCAACAACUGGAGGAAGACUUGUGACACCUGGUCAGGCGAGUGUGUCCCACUGCCACUGCCCGUGCAGAAUCUGAGCAAAGCAUGCCUUCCAGAGCACGGCACACACCCAUCAGUUGUAGAAAGAAGUCUACGUACCCGUAGCGCUGACCAUACCCAUUUGGGUGUGUUCACAGGUACGUAGAACGUACGGGGGGUUGGGGGUAAAAAGAGCUAGGGGAGGAGACUCUUUCUCUUUGGGUUCCGGUUGUAGCCUGGAGAGCCGCGUGCGGACCUCUGGUUCUCGGCUUUCUUGGCUUCUCAUGUAAGUGAUUUCUCUCUCAAUAAAAUAUCAUGGACAUCCCUA